AUGACUGUUACUUUUGGAGCGAUUUGCGGUUUGCUGCAAAGCAUUGAGAAGAUCACCUCGCAAAGGCCACAACCCCGACCGAGGCAAAUUGCAGAGAGCAAGCGUCAAAUCAUACGCAACUGGUUUGAGAACCAACGCGAUAGUCUUGAUGACCCAGGUACGGAUGGCGGCGCAGUUCUAUCUGUGAUCUUUCCGCAUCGAAGAAAAGAUCGAGUCUAUGGUAUCGGACCACCACGCCUUGCCAAAAAGCUCAUCCGCUUAUUGCGUCUGAACCACAAUCAAAAGGCGAUUUUUGAUGGCUGGAAUAGCGGAACCCUCGGUGAUCUAGGGGUCUAUGCGGAGAAAGCAUUACAGUCCCGUGAUGGCACGUUCCAAGCCAAACCUAUUAUUCCAAUUGAACAUAUCGAUCGACUACUUGGUCAGCUGGCUGCGAAAUCAAGGUUCUCAGACGCUCUGAUCCGGAAGAAAGGCAACGGUGAGACGAAUACUGACGCGGAGCUCAAUAACAUACUCAUUCGACUUGACUCGUGGGAAGUGAAGUGGCUGGUACGUCUGAUUCUCAGAGACUACUGCACGAUAGAUAUAGACGAAGAGUUCGUCUUCCAGCAGUACCACUUCCUCCUGCCUGAUCUUUUGAAUUUCCAAAAUGACUUUGACGCGGUCUCUGGAAUGCUCCGAGGCGAGUUAAGCGGCUAUCCUGCACAUCCGAAUCAUACCCGAGAGCAUGAAAUGCGAAUCGAAGCAGCGAAGAAACUUUGUGCCGUAGUUGGCAUUAAAGUUGGUCGCCCGACGUUUCACAAAGCUUGGUCAUUCAACAAUUGCAUCAAGCUAGUCGGCAAUCGAGCUUGGGCGGCUGAAGUCAAAUACGACGGUGAAUACUGCGAGAUUCACAUCGACCUCGAGAACGUCUCAAACAAGAUCAAAAUCUUCUCAAAGAACGGCAAGGACGCUACGGCGGAUCGUAGAGCUUUACACAGCCCUAUUCUUGAAGCCCUACGCAUUUGCCAGCCGGAUUGUCGUUUCAAGAAGCAAUGUAUCCUUCUAGGCGAAAUGGUCUUGUACAGCGAUAGGGAGAAGAAGAUCAUGCCUUUCUCCAAGAUCAGAAAACACAUCUCUCGCUCAGGCUCCUUCAUUGGCACACUCCAGGACUCCUUGCCACACGAGUGGGAGCAUCUCAUGAUUGUGUUUUUUGACGUUUUGAAAGUAGACGACAAGGAGGUCCUACGUCAUUGCCUCCAGGAUCGUCGAUUGAUUCUGCGAGAUCUCGUCCGUAUCACACCGGGUCGGGCGAUGCGCUCAGAAUGGACACUGCUCGACUUCAAGACAGGGGACGGCAUUACGGACCUCAAGCAGGCUUUUGCCCGCACACUUGCCGAACGCCAAGAAGGUCUGAUUCUGAAGCCGCUUCAUGCGCCCUACUUUCCGUUGCUUUCGGAGCAGGGGUAUGCCAAAUCAAGUUUCUUCAUCAAGUUGAAGAAGGACUACCUAAGCGAUAUGGGCGGCGAGCGCGAUUUGGGUGACUUUGCCGUUAUUGGAGCAAGCUACGACGCGCAGAUCGCUCCAAAAUCCAAUAUCAAGCCGUUACAUUGGACACAUUUCCACCUGGGAUGUUGUACUAAUCUAGGUGACGUGCAGCGAUCAGGAGCAAGGUCAAAAUUCAAGGUCGUUGCCAGUCUAAGCCUUGACAAAUGCAUACCAAAGCCGGAUGUAAAGUACCUCAACAUCCAAGGAUAUGUGCGUCAAUCUGCCUUGCGGGCAGACGGCUCUACCAAGGAAUUUGACAUUGAGCAGAGCCCGUUCGUCGUAGAAGUCCUAGGAGGUGGGUUGGAGAAGCUUCAAAACGAGAAAUUCGAAAUGCUUCGCCAUCCCCGCAUCAAGAAGAUCCACCAGGAUCGGACAUGGAGAGACAGCGUCACCCUGAAGCAGCUUGAACAAAUGGCCGAGGACAAAUGGGAGAUACCCGACGCCGACCAACUAGACGGCCACGCAAAACAUGUGGCCCUGCUAGCCAAAAGAUACAUGAAACAGGCACACCCUUCUCAAAUCUCAAUCGCAACGGACAACUCCUCGCAAACAUCCCAACAAACAACCCAGCGCAGCUCUCAGGAAACACCCGUACACAUCGCCACUGACGCCAUAGUCCCCGAAACCCAGGAACAAACAUGCGCAUCCUACUCCUCCACCCAAUGGUCCAUAGACGGCAGCACACAAGGUCUAGGUCUCCGCGCCUCCCACGAGACCCGCCUCCUCAUACCCCAGGACCCCGCUGAACACCUCCCCACCGCACCCUCUCCAACCCCAAACCCCCCCGCCCGGAUGAAGCCCUCCACACACACUGCAGGCCGCGUACGCAUACCGCCAUCAAGCAGGAAACGCAACUCCUCCUCCACAAGCGCCAUCAGCCCGCCCAAACCCAAAAGAAGCAGAGUCCUCAGCCCACUGCACGAUGUGCGCAGUAAGCAGAAUCUGGGCUCGUUUGGGUUCGAUGCUGAGGAGCAGGUUAUACAUGUUUAUGCCAAGGAGGGGGUGAGCGUGUUUGUGCAUGCUGCUGAUGGGGCAGGGGGGGACGAGUGUUGA